CCGCCACCGCCGCGCCGUCCGCACAAGGAGCGCGAUGCGGCGCCGCGCCGCCGCGGGGCCCGGCCCGCCGCUGCCGCUGCUUCUGCUCGCGCUGGCGGCCCGCGGGGGCUGCGCAGCACCCGCGCCCCGCGCCGAGGACCUCGGCCUGGGAGUGGAGUGGCUGAGCAGGUUCGGCUACCUGCCCCCAGCAAACCCCGAAACGGGGCAGCUGCAGACGCCAGAGGAGCUGUCCAAGGCCAUCGUGGCCAUGCAGCGGUUCGGAGGCCUGGAGGCCACCGGCGUCCUGGAUGAGGCCACCCUGGCGCUGAUGAGAACCCCGCGCUGUUCCCUCCCUGACCUCCCGGCUGCAGCCCCGGCUCGAAGGAGGCGCCAGGCUCCGGCCCCGACCAAGUGGAGCAAGAGGAACCUGUCCUGGAGGGUCCGCACGUUCCCGCGGGACUUGGCCCUGGGCCGCGACACGGUGCGCGCGCUCAUGCACUACGCGCUCAAAGUCUGGAGCGACCUCACGCCCCUGAACUUCCACGAGGUGGCCGGCAGUGCCGCCGACAUCCAGAUCGACUUCUCCACCGCUGACCACAACGACCGCUACCCCUUCGACGGCCCCGGCGGCGCGGUGGCCCACGCCUUCUUCCCGGGCGACCGCCACACCGCAGGGGACACCCACUUUGACGAUGACGAGGCCUGGACGUUCCGCUCCUCGGAUGCCCACGGCAUGGACCUGUUCGCAGUGGCCGUCCACGAGUUUGGCCAUGCCAUCGGGCUGAGCCACGUGGCGGCCACACGCUCCAUCAUGCAGCCGUACUACCAGGGCCCGGUGGGUGACCCGCUGCGCUACGGGCUCCCCUACGAGGACAGGGUGCGCGUCUGGCAGCUGUACGGCGUGCGGGAGUCCGUGUCCCCAACGGCACAGCUGGACACCCCGGAGCCCGAGGAGCCACCCCUCCUGCCGGAGGCCCCUGAUGAUGGCUCUAGCACCCCGCCCAGGAAGGACGUACCCCACAGAUGCAGCGCCCACUUUGACGCGGUGGCCCAGAUCCGAGGAGAGGCCUUCUUCUUCAAAGGUAACCCCUCGGGGUCCAGCGGCCGGCAGACAGAAGAGCAGACCCCACUCUGGGCCCCAGGCCGGCCACCUGCAGCCCCACCCCCUGUGUCCCCCCCAGGCAAGUACUUCUGGCGGCUGACCCGGGACCGGCACCUGGUGUCGCUGCAGCCGGCACAGGUGCACCGCUUCUGGCGGGGCCUGCCGCUGCACCUGGACAGCGUGGAUGCCGUGUACGAGCGCACCAGUGAUCACAAGAUCGUCUUCUUCAAAGGAGACAGAUACUGGGUGUUUAAGGACAAUAACGUAGAGGAAGGAUACCCGCGGCCCAUCUCGGACUUCGGCCUCCCGCCGGGCGGCGUCGAUGCUGCCUUCUCCUGGGCCCACAAUGACAAGACUUAUUUCUUUAAGGACCAGCUGUACUGGCGCUACGAUGAGCACACACGGCGCAUGGACCCCGGCCACCCCGCCCAGAGCCCCCCGUGGAGGGGCAUCCCCAGCAUGCUCGACGAUGCCAUGCGCUGGUCCGAUGGUGCCGCCUACUUCUUCCGCGGCAAGGAGUACUGGAAGGUGCUGGACGGCGAGCUGGAGGUGGCGCCCGGGUACCCGCAGUCCACGGCCCGGGACUGGCUGGUCUGCAGGGACCCGCCCGCUGACCCCGAGGGCGCAGACGCCCGGCCGGGGCAGCGCGACCACAGCCGCUCAGAGGACGCCUACGAGGUCUGCUCCUGCACCUCCAUCGCCGCCCCAGCCCCGCGGGCCGCGGGCCCACUGCUGGCCGCGCUGCUGAGCUUCCUGUGGACGGCGGCCCGGGCCCUGGCGCUGUGACAUUCGGAGCUGGCCUGCGACAGGACAGAAGGGGCCACGGCCCAGAGCCACAAAGUGCAAGGACUGAUGCCCGCCCCUCCAGCGCCUGAGCCAAGCGUCCCUGCAGAGCGGACCCCGCCUUGCAGGUGGGGACGGCGCCACCGGCCCCCGGGCCGAGGCCACCGGCUGCAGCCUCCCCGACGCGGCCAGCAGAGGGCGCUGCUCCCCGGGCGCGGAUGCAGGGGGAGCGCCCGCCUGGCCCGCCUGCCCUCUGCCCCUGGGGAGAUUGCGUCACGUCCCGGCCGGGCCGGGGCCGGGAGCCGUCCUUUCAGCGAGCGAGUGACUGAAUCUCGCGGAGAUUGACCGAGGAGCCGGGGGUAGGCGGGGCUGGGGGCGUUACCUCAGGUCCGCAGGCCCUGGCAAGAGCAGCCCGGAGGCCCACGGGCACCCCCUCCCCAUCACCUGCCGCAAAGCCGCCCCUGGUGCUGCCGCCCGCCCGUGGGGCUUCCUCUCCUGGUCCCAGCGGGCCCGCCGGCUGCCUUGACCGGGGCAGCCGCCUCCACGGGCGGGCCCCCAAGCUGGGGCCGUGGUGGGCUUCCCUUGUGACGCGUUUCGGACAAACACGAUCUCGUCCUGCUU